AUGGAAAAGGACGACUCGGACAUGUUCAAGAAGAAGCUGAGUCUUGCAUCUGUGGACGAAUGCUUACGAAAGGAGCCAACGUGCGCUUCGGCCGCUGAUAUCAUCGGACAAUUCCAACUUUUCGCUCUCCAAAACGUGAAAGCUCCUGUUGCCCACGAGAACACCAAGCUCACUAAGCCAAUGACAGCACCCGCCGACCUCGUUCGUAUUUUAAAGGCCAACCUUCUUCGCAAGUGCGCCACCAAAGUGACUGCCCUUCAAGCGAAAAAAUCCGUUUUAGCAGAGCGGGACGUCGCUGUUGAAAUUGUUGGCGUCGGCGUGUACACCACCUCUACUCUUGCAAUCAUGCGGAAAUGGCAUCGCGCUCGAAAAAUUAUUGCCGAAGUUGAAAGAGCGUUGAAGUGGAUCGACAGCGUCGACGUUACUCUGGGAACCGGUUCUUUUGCCACUUCUCAAGACCCCGAUCUCAUCGACAAACUCAAGUCCCUUCCGAUUCUCUCGCCAAGCCCGGAAGGGUUUGAUCUCGUAGCACGGGGUUGUCUAGGCCACUCAACGAUGCGGUCGCUGAUGAAGAAAAUGUUCCGCCAGAACCAUGCUGUCGUUAUUGUGGAUCCCACCUACAUUCAAAUUGGCCGGCGCGGUGAGGUGAGCGUGAAUAUGGAUACGAUUCGGGAGAUUUUCUUUGGCAUGUCGGACGAGAAAGUGUUGAUACCAAUCAACGUAAGCAGAAUCCACUGGGGCUGCAUCAUGAUCGACCUAACCAAGAAUGACGUGCUAUUGUACGACUCCAUGUGCUCAUCGUAUCUGACAAAGGUGCGAGUAGUAGCCGAGAUGCUAGUAGCGAUAAUUCCUGACGCGCGGGUCAAGCGCUACAGAAUCCGCAGGGUAGACGGCGAUCUCGGUAUCCAGUUCGACAGCUAUAACUGCGGCAUUUACGCGCUCGAGUCGUUCGAGAUAUUUGUCAGGGAGGAGCGUACGGGGCAUUUCUUACGUGUUACGCGCUACAACGACUUCUAA